CGCGGCAGAGGCGGGGCGGGGCUUAGUGGGACCUGUGGAUCUGAGUGCGGGGUCUCCGAGGCCGAAGGAAGGACAUGUCGUCGCACACAGUCGGACCCCGGCUGCGCCGGCUCCUGGCGCCGCCGCUGCUGCUGCUCCCGCUCCUGCUGGUGCUCAGGCCCUGGCAGGUGGCGGGCCACGGCGGCAAGUACUCGCGUGAGCAGAACGAGCCCGAGCGGCCCCCGAAGCGCGAGCCCGGGGGCGAGUUCCGCAUGGAGAAGUUGAACCAGCUGUGGGGGAAGGCCCAGCGGCUGCAGCUGUCUCCCGUGGAGCUGUCCGAGCUCCACGCUGACCUGAAGAUACAAGAGAGGGACGAGUUCGCCUGGAAGAAGCUGAAGGCCGAAGGGUUAGACGAAGACGGGGAGAAGGAGGCGCAGCUGAUCCGGAACCUCAACGUCAUCCUGGCCAAGUACGGCCUGGACGGCAGGAAGGACACCCGGGCGCUCAGCAGCAACUCCCUCAACGACGGGACCGAGCAGGACAGCCUGGAGGACCCCCGGCUGGAGAAACUGUGGCACAAGGCGCAGACCUCGGGGAAGUUCUCCAGGGAAGAGCUGGACAAGCUCUGGCGGGAGUUCCAGCACCACAGGGAGAAGGUCCGGGAGUACAACGUCCUGCUGGAGGCCCUGAGCAGGACGGAAGAGCUCCAGGAGAACGCCAUCAGCCCGUCGGACAUGAGCCGCGGGCAGGAGGAGGCCGGGCUGCACAGCAGGCACGCGGAGCUCCGGGACAAGCUGCGGGGCAUCGACCAGGGCUACGACCGCCUGCGGAGGGUCAGCCACCAGGGCUACGGCGCCGGGGCCGAGUUCGAGGAGCCCCGCGUGCUGGACCUGUGGGACCUGGCCCGGGCCUCCAACUUCACGGAGAAGGAGCUGGAGGCCUUGAGGGAAGAGCUGAAGCACUUCGAGGUGAAGGUCGAGAAGCACAGCCACUUCCAGAAGCAGCUGGAGAUCUCGCACCAGAAGCUGAAGCACGUGGAGCGGCUGGGCGACCCGGAGCACGUCAGCCGCAACCGGGAGCGCUAUGCCCAGCUGGAGGAGAAGACCAAGGAGCUGGGCUACAAGGUGAAGAAGCACCUGCAGGACCUGUCCAGCCGGAUCUCGAGAGCGCGCCACAACGAGCUCUGACCCCCGCCGGGGCCGAGGGAGACUGCGGCGGCGGGCCGGAGUCCUCUGGCC